UUGUUUGAACUAAUUCAAACGCAUACAACGUUCUUUUCAGCAAACACUCUCAAGGUUCCCGACUAUAGAUUUUUAGCAGAUCGAGUGUUCGAGGUUGUUAAAAAGUUUGAAGAGGAAGUUGCCAAGAUUCCAGAAAAGCAGCUCAAGGAUUUCAUCAUACAACCGGAAGUAAAGAAACCGGCAGCAGCUGGAGAUGCAGCAGGUAAGAAUCAAGAGGCUGGAAAUAAAGCAGCUGCAAAACCCGCUGCGGGAGCAGGAGACAAUCAAGCGGCCAAAAAAUAA